AUGCUCUCAAUUUCUCUUGCCGGUGCCCUUGCGGCCAUCGGCGGUGUCGCUUUGGCCCGAGCCGACGGGGUCGAGGCCUCCAGCUUUAAUGUCACGGAGGGUCUCCUCCAGUUCGGAGUCAAUGUUUCAAGCAUUCCCGCCUUGGACUCAUUCAACACCAUUCAAGCUCGCUCCGUCGAUAGUGGAUGUGCUGCAGCGUGUGCAAGCUUGAGCUUCCUCUUCGGAUCACAAAAGGUCAAUGCGCAAAACUCCGCACUGUAUAACAACUUUACCAGUUCCUUCUGGUCGGUGCAGCAGGAAGAAGCCCAGCCGCACUGUGUGUUCCGUCCCUCCAAAAACACGGACGUAAGUAUCGCGGUGCUGCUCUCUCGGCUUACCGGGUGUCCAUUUGCUGCCAGAAGUGGUGGCCAUGCCGCCUUCAAGGGAGCCUCGAGCAGUGUGGGGGGAAUCAGCAUUUGGUUUAAGGAUAUGAAGGCAGUCACUCUGAGCGCGGAUAAAUCGGUCGCCUCGAUUGAGCCAGGCAAUAACUGGUUGUCGGUAUAUUCUGCACUGGAACCGUAUGGCUUGGCGACAGUGGGUGGUCGUGCUUCAAGCAUCGGUGUCGGCGGGUUUGUUCUGGGAGGUGGCAUUUCCUACCACUCCAACUUGUAUGGUUGGACCUCGGACAAUGUCCAAAGCUUCGAGGUUGUCACGUCGACUGGUAUUAUCGUGACCGCCAGCGAGUCUUCAUUCCCUGACUUGUACUGGGCUCUCCGGGGUGGUGGAAACAACUUUGGACUCGUCACCAAGUACAAUCUCUACACGAUCCCCUGUCCGACAAUGCGGGGAGGUGCUCGAGUCUUCACGGAGAACAAUUUCCCCCAGGUCAUAGACGCUUUCAUCAACGUUGUCAACAACGCUACCGUCGACGGCAAGGCGCAGCAAUACGUUGCCUUCCUGCAGAAUCAAGGCCUGAAUAUCGCCUCGGCGGAGCUGACCUAUGUGGAAGAUGUUGCUGAUCCGGCAAUUUUCCGCCAAUACCGAAGCAUUCCUGCCAUCACGGAUACAACCAGCACCAAAACCCUGGUGGAAUAUGUCAAGUACCUGGAGACGGAGAACCCUUUCGGAUAUCGCGAGAUCUAUUGGCCUAUCACGGUACAGCUCAACGAGGAGUUUAGCAACUGGGUCGUGAACCUCUUCUACUCUUUGAUUCCUCAGGUGAUCAACCUCAAGGGGGCCAAUCCGGUGAUCAUCUACCAGGGAAUCACGGUGCCUCAGUUGAAUAACAUGAAGCGUCACGGUGGAAAUGCUCUGGGACUUGAUGCCUCCCACGGCCCGGUUCAUCUGAUGCACGUGGCCUUUUGGUGGGAGGAUGCGUCCGACGACGACACUGUCUACGCCUGGAUUCACGCCUUCUGGGAUCAGGUCAUCGCGAAGGCCCAGGAGAUGGGAAUCUAUAAUGAGUACAUCUACAUGAACUACGCCAGUAUGUUCCAGGAUCCAAUUGCCGGAUAUGGCACCACCAACAAGGUUCGCCUCCGACAAAUCGCGAAGGUCUUGGACCCGACUGGUGUCUUCCAGAAACUCCAGCCCGGCUACUUCAAGCUCGACGGAGCGCCCGUAACUUUCUCAGGCUAG